UGUGAUUCGAUCAAUCCAAGCACUCGGGUGCGAAUCAUAUUCAGGGCAACAGUCAAAAUGAAACAUUUCGAUUCAGAGACGCUUUCCAUAAUGCCUCGCAAAAUAAGAUUUAAUUUAUUCCACAGACCGAAGGAAAUUGUUGGAUCGCACACGAAAAACCGCAAUGCAGACGGUGCUCAAAUGCUCAAAAUGCACAAAACUGUUCCGAAGAGCUGCUCGGAAAUCCGUCCGAAGGUUAACUUGUUUCCUCAAAUAUCGCUUCACGAUUUGACGAAAAAGGACCAAGACAACGUUAUUGAGUACAUGUACAGCUCCGACUGGAAGGAAGCGUCGAGAUUCACUAGCUCAGUUAGUUACACUAGCUUGACCCCGAAACCUGCACUCGAUAAAGUGGACACGAAAUUUCCGUUUUUCGAUCGCUACAAAAGGAAGAAACAGACCGGUCAAUAUUUUGACUUACCCGUCUACGAGGUAGAUCUGUCCAAAUGGUACAAAUAAGACAGGGAAUCAAUAAAA